AUGAGUAUCCUCAAGACCGCCGGUCGGUGGCGUCCCAGCACAGUGACGAAACUCUCCAAGGGCAGGAAUAUGAAGAGUGUCGCCGCGACAGACCCCGUGUUCGAUUUAGAUCGCUGCAAGACAACGGAGACGAUGCACGUACCUUGGUCAAUGAACGAAUUCAAACCGAGGACCAUGCUCGACAACCAUUCCAUCCACCACCCGGAACAAGGAGGCAUGAAGAGCGACGGUCCAGGUAAACCAGAACGUCGAGAAAACGACGAGGACGACGAAGACAAAGAACCAGCGAAACGGAAAAGGGGGUUUGGUCUUUUGACUAGGAUGAAGAAGUUUUGGGACGUGGAAAAGGCGCGGACGUUGGCUCAGAAGCUGGGCCGUGAACCGCAUGAAGGUGAUGGACUGACCUCGUCGGUUCCAGAGAAGACUUGGGCGGGUGACGGAAAUAUACCGGUAUCGGAUAUCACAGAUGACCAUCACAAGACGGACGAAGAUCGCCAAAGAGACCAGGCCCAUGCAACAUCUGAAGCUCAUCGACUAGUUCGUGAACUGACGCAGAAUCACGCUCAACCCAGACCCCGUCCUCGACGUAGACACCCAUCAGAGACCGGACCGGCAACUCCUUCUGGUGCAGAAGAUGAAGAAGCCAUGGCAAGGAUGAGCGGAGGAGGUGUCUUGGGAAACUUACUCAAGCUCUAUGGAGCGAGUCAACAGCAAGAACCGGGCCAAGCCAGUCGCGCCGGAAGCACCAGUACAGAAUUUGACUCGGAUGUAUCACGAUCCCCAGGCUGGACCACUCCAACAUCAGGAGCCACAACUCCAAAAAAAGAAAAAGUGAAAUGGUACAACAAGGACAAAAAUAAAUCAACCAGCUCUCUAGUCGGUGCUGCAUCGCACUUGACCGCCGCAGGAUCGCCCAACCACUCUAAUCGCAUGAUGUCAGCUGCAGCCAAGCGGCGCAAACAAGGUGGCAAGCCGAAGCUGGAAGAUGAGAUUCGGGUUACAGUUCACAUAGCAGAGAUUAUCUCUCGGCACAGGUUUCUCAUGGGGCUGUGUCGUGCUUUGAUGAAAUUCGGCGCUCCAACUCAUCGACUGGAAGAGUAUAUGCAGAUGACGGCCCGAGUCCUGGAGGUCGACGCACAGUUUCUGUAUUUGCCAGGUUGUAUGAUUGUAGCGUUUGAUGAUUCGACGACGCGGACAACAGAGUUCAAAUUAGUUCGCGUGUCUCAGGGAGUUGAUCUCAGUCGUUUAGCGGAUACUCACAGCGUGUACAAAAAUGUCGUGCACGAUAUGAUUGGAGUCGAGGAGGCGACCAAGCAGUUGGAGGAAAUCAUGAAUCGCAAGCCCAAAUUUCCAACGUGGUUCUUGGUGUUUAUGUAUGGUUUGGCCAGUGCGACUGUUGGUCCAUUUGCUUUUCAAGCUCGUCCUAUUGACAUGCCCAUCUCCUUUAUAUUGGGGUGCAUGUUGGGCUUCAUGCAGUUGGUCCUGGCUCAGAAGUCAGCGCUAUAUUCUAACGUUUUUGAAGUGUGUGCAACGGUCUUGACUUCGUUCCUUGCGCGAGCAUUUGGAAGCAUACGAUGGGGAAUUGUUGAUGGCAAACAACAGUAUCUUUUUUGUUUUUCAGGCAUCGCUCAGUCAGCCAUUGCUCUCAUAUUGCCCGGUUUCUUGGUUCUUUGCAGCAGUUUGGAGUUACAGUCCCAUCAAAUGAUUGCCGGGUCUAUACGGAUGGUCUAUGCUAUCAUCUACUCACUCUUCCUCGGAUAUGGCAUUACUGUUGGGGUUACAAUCUACGGUUUAAUGGACGGGAACGCAAAUUCUAACCCAAACUGUCCGCCAUGGCCUAUUAGCAAUCCUUAUAUACAAAGGUUUCCCUUUGUCGUUGCAAUGACUAUAUGGAUUGUCAUUAUCAAUAAUGGCAAAUUCAAGCAAGCCCCUGUGAUGAUGGUCAUAGCAUUUAUUGGCUAUGUAGUCAACUAUUUUAGCACGAAGCGUAUCGGCAGCAACUCGGAGGUUGCCAACACGCUAGGUGCUUUUGUUAUCGGUGUAUUGGGAAAUCUAUAUAGCAGACUAUGGCAUGGACAUGCUGCCACUGCGAUCCUUCCGGCCAUAUUCGUUCUCGUCCCUUCCGGUCUUGCCGCAUCUGGGUCUCUUAUUUCUGGCAUUGCAUCCGCUGAUGAGAUUAGAAGUAACGUCACCGCACCGAAGAAUGAGUCGAGCACAGGAGGAGGUGGUGGUGGUGGUGGUGGCGGAGGAGGAUUGUCGUCAGCAUCGAAUACGUCUGUCUUCAAUCUUGGAUUUGGUAUGAUUCAGGUCGCUAUUGGCAUCACAGUUGGCUUGUUCAUGGCUGCAUUGGUUGUAUAUCCUUUUGGAAAGAGGCGGAGUGGACUUUUCAGUUUUUAGCUGUGGGCAUUUGCAUACUUUACCUGCGAGGGAUGUCAGUUUUUAGCAUAGUAGGAUUUGAGCAGAAGCAUAGUUUAUAUUGCAAGUAUAGUAGAUACGUACCUGUGAUGGAUUUGAAAAUAUCAAUAGAAUGGAAGUACUCACAC